AGCAAAAUAUGGGAAAAUUUUAUUCAAAUAGACUUUAAURUCUCUGGAUUUUGAAUAAAUGGAUGAUGGAAAMGACAACGGUGAAUCUAACGACUGGAGCCCUUUCGAGCAUCAAGUGGCAGGCCACAUAUAUGAAGAAAACCACGGUAUGCUCACAUCCAAAAAUGGCACUGUCUUGAAACCAGUGCAGAUACCUCCAAAAGGUGAAAGAGAGGUAGAAUUCUAUGAAAAACUCUUCAAGAGGAUUAAGAACCCAAGUGAUGAGGUUACCACUUUAAAAAGACUUGUUCCUUAUUAUUACGGUAUAGUGCGAAUACCUGAAUACAAGCGUCCAUUGAUAAUUGGUAUCCUUUUGCUAUUAACAAACUUUUAAUAACUUUUAAAGAAUAAUUAUAUGAAUGUAUAGCCUGUCUGUCCUUCUCUCUGCCUAUAAAAAAAAUCAUACUUUUUACAAACUUGAUGGAUGUAUACAUGAGAGAGUUGGAUUAGCCAUUCUGGAGUUAUGAAAU